AUGGAAUCUUGCUCUUAUGAUGUCUGUCACGGUGGUACAGACGAAAGCUUAGCACAGUUUCAUCUGGAUCGCAGGAUGGUGAGCCGACGACUUCUUUGCACAAUUCAACAGUUUUCCCUAUGCAACAAACCUCCUCCGGUUUCCUCCCCUGUCUCAUCUGAACCUCCAGAGCCCGAUCAUUCCAAGAGGAUAAGUGGAUCUCUGAGUCCAACUUUUUCAAAUACUCAUCAACAGAUAGACCUCGCUCACAAUCUGCCCUUUCCAAGUGAUUGUCAAAUUAGCGGACACGACGACAAUCGUCCUGCUCCACCAGAAACUAGAAGCAUGGAUGACGGUGACGGAUUGCCUCUCUUGUCUUUUGUGUCGGAAUCGAGCCAGCUCCAUGCGCAUGCUCCAGUGUCUCCUGAGAUACCCGAAACACCUUUAAUGAUCCGGUGUUCUUCUUCUGAUGAAGACGGAGAAUCGGAAUUAGAGGACGCUCCCACAUAUCUUACUUCUGUUAGUGAUGCGGACGGACAAUCCGAGAAGGCAGAUGAUUGUAAGGUGGCAUAUGAUAUGGAACAAAAUGGUCUUGUUUAUCUGAAUGGAGAUGCAAAGGAGAUGAAAACUGAAAGUGAAACGAUGAAGAAUGAACAACCACAAAAAUUAGACAGAGAUAUUAACCCGAAGCUAUAUCGAAAAGAGGCGACGGAUGAGCAAUGGUUAAUGCAGAAGGAAAUCGAGAUGGAGAGCCCAAAGAAUGACUUGAUAAGAGAAGAGCCAGUACUAGUGAAUAAAGAAGAUGAUAAUGAUGACGACGAGGAUUCAUACGAAAUCUAUAUUAAACAGAGGCUGGUUAAAAUAGCCUAA